AAAAUCUUCUAAAAUUCAUUUUGCCUUUUUACCGUCUUUCUAUUUUGUUAAGUUUUGCAAAAGUGCACUUAGUUCCCCAAAAUCGAAUCGAAAGAGGAAGGAAGGAUGUGGGUGGAGAUAAUAUGCGCUCUGGCGAUCUACAAACUCGUUCGCCUUUUCUUCUCCAACGACGACUUCUCCGACGUAGAAACAUCAGACUCCACUGCUCUCUUCUCCGUUGCUCACAGACUCGAGAAGGUUUACGGAGGAAAAGCAUAUGUAGGGCUUCGAAUUCCAGAUGCAGACACUUCUUCUAGACAGGACAUCGAUCUUGUCCUCGUCACUAAUGGACAAGUUGAGGUGGUCGGUGUUAAGAAUCUACAUGGAAUUGUUACUGUAACGAGUGAUGGAAGCUGGGUCUGUGAAGGUGGCAAGCAUCAUCAUUCCACCCACACUUACCCUGAUCCUCUGGCUGAAGUGAAGAAACAAGCUUCAGUUCUUGAGUCAUAUCUUGAACAGAGAGGCGUUACUUUACCUGAAGGAAGUAUCUCUUGCAAAGUUGUCAUUCCCAAUCCAAAUUUUCGUACAAUGCAUGCAUUUCCGAGUGAGGUAAUAACCUACGAAGAGUGGCAGCAUCUGAAACCAGUCUCAAGAAACAUUCUUUCUGGUUGGGUCAAAGGCGCAUUCAGCAGCACAGGAAAAGAGACGCAAGACUCUCCGCAUCAAAAACUUAACUUCGUCCUUGGCUCUGCACCAGUCUGGGAUAGGGUGGAGCUUAAAAACAGCAAGAUUGUGUUAGGGGAAUUCCUUGAGUUUAAAGGAAAGGAGGAAGACACUUCGGCUUUGAGACAUAUCAAAAGAUCAAAAGUUGACCGUAUCUCUAUUCAGCAAACUAGCAUGCUUGGUUUCGCUCCAACAAGGUUGCAGGUUCUGUACUCGUAUAGGGACUACAGAAGUGAAGGAAGUUCAGGAUCAGAGACAAAGGAAGUGACUGUAAGGUCGAGCACCGAGGUUGUGUUCCAGCCCCGAGACUCUGAAAAGAUUAAGAAGUUCAAGCUAUCGUCCAUCCUCUCCGUUUCACUAAGUGCCUAACUGUUCUGUCAACAGAUAAAAAGGCUGUUAAUGUCUACUAUAUUAUGACUUACAUAGACCAAUCCUGAAAAUGAGCAUAUAUUAUUAAGAGAACUGUUUUUUUUUCUUCUUCUUUACUGUUUUUACUCGACACUUGAGAACGCUCUGAAAAUAAAUAAAAAAUGAAAAUGCUCAGUCUUUGUUACA